AUGGCUAGCAAGAGUACAUUUGAAGAAGAAAAACUAAAGCUUUUACUCCAAUCUUUUAAGAAAGAGCAAGUAUUUUUGCUCGUUCUUAAAGAGGUUUAAUUUUUUUAAAUAAAUUUAUAUUAAAAUUAUAUAAAAAAAAAUUUCGGAUACUGAAUUUCUUAAUUACAAAUUUCGAAAAGAUAAUUAAUUAAUAUAUAAAGAUUAUGCUUAAGGAGAUAAGCAUUCUAAAAUAUUAUUUGUUAAUUAUAUAUAAAAAUAUUUAAUAUAAAAUUUUAUAUAUUAAAAAAAAUUUACUCUUAAGGGUUUUUUCAUUAGUUUUUCUCACUUAUAAAAUGGGGAGUUAGAAGAAACCAAAAGAAUUAACAAAAAAAUAAUGAGAGCUAAAGAAGAUAUUAACUUCUACGAAACAAAACUAUGGGAUCUUCAUAUGAAAUGCUAUAUGGAAGGUAAAGAUAAAUGUGUCCAGAGAUACGACCAAUAUUUCCUUCAAUAUAAUAGACUAAAAAGACGCAGAGCAGAUGUUCAAUCAUGUUUUGAAAGAUGCAUGGGAAAUAUCACUUUAGAGGAAUACCAAAAGUUUGACUUAGUUGAUCAAGAUAGUUUAGAAAAAUACAAAACAUAUAAAGACUGCAGUAAACCAUGCCUUGAAAAAUCCUUUGAAAAUUACGAAAAUGAACAAGAUUUUUUGAGAAAAACCAUUAGCAAAUUGAGUGAGGAAUUUUACCCAGAUAAUAAAUAA